AGGCUGCCGUGGAGGUGCUGCCCGCUUGUGUGGGCGUGGCAGAAGGCUGCGGAAGGAAGACUUGCAAGGUGGAUGCGGACCAGUUCUUUGUGGAGUACGUGGAGAAUGGCGAGAUCAUCCACGACGGCCUGUUGAAGGGUUUGGGUGACACCGGUGGGGGCGUCCUCGCCUUGAUUUUGUCACUUUUGGUGGUCUGCUUCUCCUUGUUUUGCAUGGUGAAGCUGCUGCAUAGUUUGAUCCUGGGCAAGGCCAAGGCCAUCAUCCUCCGAUACCUGGCUGGGUGGGGAACGUCGAUGGUGACGGCCGGUUUUGUGGCUGGAGAUGGAUCGAAGCAUGACACAACGAAAGCCGAACGAAGCCAA